UCCUGUCUCGCCAGCAAAAGGGCCAGCAUGACUCGGCCUAAAGUUCCUCCUGAACAACGCCAGCGGACUGCCCAAGCUUGCGAGAGCUGCAAGAGGAGAAAGCAAAAGUGUAACGGUCUUUGCCCCUGCAAUACAUGCGAAAAGAGAAAGUUCUCCUGCGUAUAUCUUGACCGGGAUGCUGCUUCGCCUUCCGAGAGCAGUAGACCAAGCAAGAAACGCAUCUUGGAUGGUGACCUCGAUAGCCCUAGUGUGAAAGAUACCUCGAAUUCUGUUUCCAACACACCUAGCAAUGGCCAUCAGACAACCUCACCCUUGGACUAUCUCCAUGAUGCCUCGCCUAUCAGCCGCCGAGCUGGCCAAAGUACACAAGAGUCAAAAUCUAAUCCACUGACAGUAAAUUCGGAAGAUGGUGUGCCAAAGGCUGCUGAUAUUCGGACUUUGGACGAUCUGCAGCCUCUGGCCUCUCGUGACUCAACAGUGGCGAGUGGGCAGGAAGAGGAGGCAGUUGUCUACACCCAGAGCAGAAUGCUUCAGGACCCGACGGGCAGAUUACUAUAUGUGGGCGAUUCGGCGACACUAUCUUUCCUUCAACUUCUUCGUAUGAUGGUAGAGAGUGCCGCCGGUACAUCGCCGUUCACCAAUGAUCCCCGUCGCCACAAAAUCGUGGAAGGGCAACUAUCACUUCCCUCCGGUUCUCGACAUACACACCUGCUUCCGGACCAAAAGACGGCCCGGGUCCUUGUAGAUGCUUUCUUUGUACACACCCAUGGCAUUCUUCAAAUUUUCGGGCGUCAACAAUUCUCGGAACAGCUCGAUAGUUGCUAUGCCGACCCACUCUCGAUUGAACCACCGUGGCUUUGCCUUCUGAAUUUAGUUUUUGCCAUUGGACUCACUAUGGCCACUCCUCUGUCCGGAAGUAGCGACGCGCUUGUUGUGGAGAAGCUCCGCAGUGAACAUCUAGACCGCGCGGAAGUGUUUUACCUGAAUGCUAAGAGCCUCAAUGAUCCCAUUACUGGUUUCGAAGACCAAGAUUUCUGGUCUGUACAGGCGCUGCUACUCAUGUCCUUCUACAUGCUUGCCAAGUCAAAACGUAACACUGCUUUCGCGCUUCUUGGCAUGGCUGCUCGCUCAGCUCAAGCUCUCGGUCUUCACAGGGAAGAAACCAUGGUCAUAUUUGGUUCUGACGAACAAAAAGCGCGUAAGAACUUAUGGCGGUCUUUGUUCGUUGUUGAUCGAUUGUUGUCAUGUUCCCUUGGUCGGCCUACUGCUAUUUCUGAAGACGAUUGCUCUGGUAAUACUCUUCAUCCUGCAGAGCCAUUGACAGAUACCUCCUUCGAUAUGAAUGGCAGUGUUAAUGCCGAUUUCAACCAAACAGGAGAAUAUGCACUCGAGGCAGCGGUGAGAAGCUGUUCUGCUAUCGGGAUCAUACUGAAAAAAGUGUAUCAACAACGCAAGAUCAGCACCCGCCUUGCUCAGGAGAUUGCAGAUACAUGUAAGACAUGGCCACGAGCUCUCCCAACUGUCCUCCAUUGGCGUCAAGCCUCGACUGCGACUGCUAGUCAGGGUAUAGCCAUUCUGCAUGUCAACCUUUUCUACUGUCACUCUAUUGUACUGCUUACUCGCCCCUUCUUCCUCUACAUCUUGAACAUGGAAAUUCAACGCCAAGCGAACCAAGUGUCGUCCGGGAUCCGGGCACCAAGGCCGUAUUUACGAAUGGAAAAAUUCAGUGAAGCUUGCGUCAUUGCGUCGUCGCACACGGUCCUCCUCGUACAGAAUGCUUUCGAUGCUGGGCACUUAUCGCGCCGCAACCCAGCAGUAAUUUAUUUUCUCUUCGCCGCCGCACUGAUCGUUCUGGCGAAUGAAUUUGCGGGACUUUAUCGAGUAGAAAGUCCUGAUAUGUGCAUUGCUAAUGCCAUUAGCAUCAUGUCCUAUUGUGCGGAAAGCGACCAACAAGCCAGUCGUUUGGUCUAUAUACUUGUAUCGUUUCGAGAUGUUGUCACACAACAACGUUUGCGUACGAAGCAAAGCCAUGCGGAUAACAUGAAUCUUCCAAGCAUAUCAUCGCAACUAUACGGCGCGCCGUUGCCUGACCAGCAGACAUUGGGUGUGGACACAGGAAGGGACCCGAGCCAGGCUGCGCCUCGUCUUCAUCAGGUUCCUGUUCACAUUUAUCCCGGAAUGCAAACUGCUCCUCUCAACGGAUCUGCCCCUCCUUUUCCGCAGUCAUCUCAACUAUGCCCCAUCGAUCCUCCCAAUCUGUCUGUUCAUUUAUCACCAAUAAAUAUGCCUCCAUCUACAUCAUCCAGUACAGACAUGUACAACAUCGAUGCCUCGGCGUCUAAGCCCGCGGGCAGCCUUUCCGCCAUGCUAGAUCUCUCAGGUCUUGAUGCCACGCGAGUGCCCAGUCUGUAUUCCGAAGAAAGCGGUAUCGACGAGCAGAUUGAUUUCGACGCACUUUGGGCUUGGCCUAGCAAUACGCCUGCUUUAGGAUCCCCGAGACCAGGAGCAGAUAACGCAAUGGGCGGAGGGAUAACAGACAAAGUCAGCGAUAGUGCAGUGCCGUUGUUUGGGGUGAUCAACAACCUCGAGGGUAUUGAGGGGCAAUAG